AUGUUACCCAGUAGAGUUCAGCCAUUUCUGAACCAGGUUUUCAACGCGAAUUACAAUCUUGAUAUAAUCCCGGACGAGGCGGAGCGUCCUAAAGAUCCGAUUGUGGCACCUUUCAAUUUCUAUGAUCGCCAUGUUGCCUCCAAUUUUGCCUUACAACGCGUUGUAUGUCUCUCUGACAUUCCUCAAGUGUUAUCUGCAACCUGUGACAUUGCAGUCAACACUUUUUGGGCAAACGGGAACAAAUUCUCAACCGACGAAUACUCUUUCAAGAUGGAAAUACCCGAAAUCGAAUUCACGGACGCUAGGACGGUCAGACAAUAUUACCGCAUUCAUAUAGGCCCUAUAGCACAGGCAUUUACGUCUAAGCUAUGCGUUCAUCCUCACGUCAAAACCUGGCCAUCAAUCUUGGAGUUCAUGUUUCAUGACCACAUUGGCGCAAGUUACAUGUCGGAAAGUAUUUUAACCAUCACUAGAGAUCCUAAAGGGGGGGUCUUCUUAAGCAACAAACUCAAGGGUAAACUGACUCAACCGACUAUCAAAACAUUGAACGCGCUCUUAACCAACCACCCCACACUAGCUAUGUGGCACGUCUUUCCCAUGGUUAGCCCAUUUACAACAAUACUUCAAAGUAUUUCAGCAGGGACAGAAUUCAAGUGGGAGACGUCGCAUACCGGAGGCUAUCGAUUUUUAACUCAAACAUUACCUCCCACUGACGCCAAAUCGCUUUCUAACAAGCUCAGUCGUUCAGGCACUUCGCAUAGGAGCUUAAAAAAAAACAAGCUAGACAGGUCAACCAUCGCAAAAGUCGGAAAAUACGUUACCCCUCCAUCAACUGUGCAACGUUCGCGAUAUCGACCUGAUUUUAAACAUUACCUGCAAUGUGCCUGGACACAAGCGUCAAUCCAUGACACUACCUACAUCAUCCUUCAUUGUGGUCGUUAUGAACGGAUUGGGAUUCGACACAGGGCGACGCAGACACUUUAUUUAUCAGGUGUAAUCGACACAGUCAGCAUACAGGAUCCUUGUUAUAGGAAACUCCACAUUGGGCUUCACAUUGCAAUUUUUCAAGAUGCAUUGGAACGAAUGAAGGCCUCAGAGACAUCAAGUAUACCCCCUGCUUCCAAAGCUGUGAAACGCUCUUCGGAUGGCGUUGAAGGGCUCGAGCGGCCUCCUCCAAAGCGGCAGCGAUCAAGCAAGGUGCCCAGUGUUGCAACUGAGGUUCACGAUUCAAUUGCAAAGCAUCUAGUUCAUCGCAAGCUCGCUCUUGUUAGUCUCGACUACGGCGUAUUUUCAUCAUCGGUGCCCUCUUCGUUCAGACGAAUAGGGGAGUCAUGCAAGCGCGAUUUGCCUACCGAGAGCACAGAUUGGACGAAGGACGUCUAUACGCAGAAGAAGUUCAACGACAAGGAAUACAUUACACUCAAAUUACUGGCGCCACUCGGCCGCGGUGCAGUUGGCGUCGUUCACCCUGCCCAGACGGAAGUUAUGCUAUCAUCGGGGGUUGUUGUGAAGGGUAGUUUGGUCGUGAAACUGGCGUUUUCAGAAGAGCAGCAGAGCAAGCUUAAAGCUGAAUUUGAGAUGUACUGCCGUAUGUCUCGAUUAAGCAGCAUCAAAGGGGUCCUUGAUGUGCAUGGUUUGUUCUACGAUGUAGAGUCCAAUGUAAUGGCACUCUUGAUGGCCGACGGAGGGAAGACCCUUCGACAGCGAGAAAUUGAACGAACGGGGAAAUUCGCAGAGCAGGUAACCACUACUCAAGAAGAAAGGGAAGCGUUUACAAGGGCACUGGAAAGUAUACACCAAGCGGAUAUUCGACAUUGUGAUAUUCGAGCAGACAAUCUGACGAUCGACUCGGACGGUAAAGUAUAUAUCAUUGACUUUGACUGUGCGGAGUGGCACAGUCCAGACAGCCUUUCUGACGAGACAUCACGGCUGAAUGAAGUUCUUGAAGGAAACUAUAUCCAGCGCCUUCAUUACUGA